UUUUGCAAUGAAAAGAACAACCUCUCAAAAGUCAAAAGACUCAAUACUCAAAGACUCACACUGUCACACUACUCAGCUGAGCUGACUGCUUGCUUCGCAGCUCAAAUGUCUCAGACCCUCUUUCCACUUCCACUGGCUCCCUCUUCUUCUCGUUCUUCUUCAAAUCUCUAUAAAAACUCUAAUCUCCUAUACCCACACUCUCCAAUCUUCUCAAACCCCACGUUUCCUCACCCGUUGACUUUUCAUUCCAAGCUCCGAAUAUCACAACCCACCUCCAUAACACCCACUCGGAGCCAUCCCAUGUUACAUUCAAGCACUAACAGUAACAGUACCCCAAUUGACAAUCCCAGAUGGUCUCUCCGUGGAAUGACCGCCCUCGUCACGGGUGGCACUCGCGGAAUCGGGCAUGCGAUUGUAGAGGAAUUGGUGGGUUUUGGAGCCAGAGUGCACACGUGUUGUCGGAAUGAGAGUGAGCUUGAUGGGUGCUUGAGUGAAUGGGAUAAUUUGGGUUUUGGGGUUACUGGGUCAGUCUGUGACGUGUCAGUUCGAUCUCAGAGAGAGGAGCUUAUGAGCACUGUGUCCACUUUGUUUGAUGGGAAGCUCAACAUCCUCAUAAAUAAUGUCGGGAGAAACAUACGGAAACCGGUAGUGGAUUUCACUGCUGCUGAAUUUUCUACUCUCAUGGCAACCAAUUUUGAAUCUGUUUUCCAUAUUUCUCAACUUGCUUAUCCGCUUCUCAAAGCAUCAGGAGUGGGAAGCAUUGUAUUCACCUCCUCUGUAUCGGGUUUUGUUUCACUGAAGUCUAUGUCUGUUCAGGGAGCAACCAAAGGAGCAAUUAAUCAACUUACUAAAACUUUGGCUUGUGAGUGGGCAAAAGACAAUAUAAGAAGUAAUGCUGUUGCACCUUGGUACAUCAGAACUUCAAUGGUGGAGCAGGUGCUCAGCAACAAAGAAUACCUAGAAGAGGUGUAUUCUCGAACCCCUCUUCAGCGUCUUGGAGAUCCAAAGGAGGUCUCUUCCCUUGUGGCAUUCCUUUGCUUACCUGCAUCAUCCUACAUCACUGGGCAGAUUGUUUGUGUUGACGGAGGGAUAUUGUCACUUCUGGGAAUGACUGCUCUUGUUACUGGUGGAACACAAGGAAUUGGGCAUGCUGUUGUGGAGGAAUUGGCAGGGCUAGGUGCAAGAGUACAUACAUGCUCAAGGAAUGAAGCCAAUCUCAAUGGAUGCUUACAUGAUUGGGAGAUGAAGGGUUUCCAAGUCACAGGUUCAGUUUGUGAUGUGAUGUCUCGAGGUGAACGAGUCAAGCUGAUGGACACAGUAUCCUCAGUGUUUAGCAGGAGACUUAAUAUACUUAUAAACAAUGUGGGGACAAACAUCUGGAAACCGACUGUAGAUUACACAGCUGAAGAAUUCUCUACUGUUAUGACUACCAAUCUUGAAUCUGCUUACCAUUUAUGCCAGCUGGCACAUCCUCUUUUGAAAGCAUCAGGAGUAGGAAGCAUUGUUUGUAUUUCUUCUAUUGCUGGUGUGGUGGCACUAAAUGUUGGAUCUAUUUAUGGUGCAAGUAAAGGAGCAAUAAACCAACUAAAGAUUUGGCAUGGGAGUGGGCCAAAGACAAUAUUAGGAGUAAUUGUGUAGCACCUUGGUUUAUCAGAACCCCCUUGGUUGAAGCUGCUCUCAAUGACUAGCAAUUUUCGAUAUCGGUAAAUGCAAGAACUCCUCUUGGACGCCCUGGAGAGCCAAAGUUUUGUCCCUUGUGGCAUUGCUUUGCCUACCUGCAUCCUCUUACAUAACCGGGCAGAUUAUUUGUGUGGAUGGAGGGGUGGCAGUGAGUGACUGACAAUAAACAUCAAUCUCCUUAUGAUUUUUAAAUGAGACAUUUCCAUAUGUUCUCUACUGUAAAAGUGGCAUUUUAAAUUCCAUCCAAUGUGAACUGGAUGAGGGUGAGGUAAAUUUGUAACCAUCCUGAUCUAAUUAUCUUGCCAAUGGGAGAAAAAAAGAGAGGAUAAAUCGCAAAGCUUUCCUUCCAUGUGGUUUUGUGAAUUUCCGAGGGUCCUCUAACAUUGUGCUUAAGGUGAGUUUAGUUCAGCUCCUUGUAAUUGUUAUUUUUGAAAGAAAAAAACACUAAACCAAAUAGGCCCUAAGUCUGUAUAUCCUUCAGGUAUGGGCUUCGCUUCAUUAGCAAGGACAAAACCAAGAACUUCUUUUGUGGACUCAGUGGUCCUAAAAUGCAAAUGAAUGAAUUUCAAAAUCUCACUCUCACACGCAUAUAUAGACAUAUACAUGUAGGUAUAUAUGCGUUUAAUAAAAGUUUUCAUACUUUGCAAAAGA